UUUUUGUAACCAAAGUAUCAUCAUCAGUGAGUUUGUCUCUCAUUUCAACUCGAAUGUGUCAACGAUUUCGGUUGCAACUGACAACUUUACCAAUCAAUUGUUUCCAUUUCAAAUUGAUUAAUAAAGUUUCCUUGUGACUCAAGUUUACCAUGGAUUCAGUUGAUUAUAGAUUAAAGUUUUUUCACGAGAAAAAGUUUUGCUUUUCUUGAAGUAAAAUUUGUGGAUAAAAGUGGAUAAAGGAUUAAACAAGCAUUGAAAUGGUCUUUAAAUUUUCACUCAUCAUUGGACUGUUGACUCUACUUCCAAGUAAAUAUGCAGCUACUCAAGACAGACCCAAGCCAGAGAUUAAAGUUGACGAUGAAAAGGUUUACAUUGGAUCAGAUGUGACUUUACAUUGCAAAAUCGAUUCUUCCUUUUCCAAUCAGUUUAAAGUUUCUGCUUGGUUUACCGAUGAUGGUUUGAUAUUUCUUGCUCCAACCUUGUCAUCAAUUUCAACUGCAUCAACUAUAUCAAGCGACUCUGCAGCCGCUGUCAUGACGAAAUGGAGACAAAUCAUUUUAUCAAAUGGCAAUCUUUACAUUUAUAAUAUAACAAGACGUGAUUUAGAUAGAAAGUAUCGUUGUCAAGUCCAAGAUUUGCUAACUGGAGCAAGAAUUGACUCAGUCAAUUGGGCUACUUUGUCAUUAAUAGGACCUUCUAAAAAUACCUCACCAAUUAUUCAUUCUGAAAGAUUGAGCAACAAGUAUAUUCAUGCAGAGGAAGGUGAUAUUUUACUUAUAAAUUGUCCAAUAAUUGGUUUUCCUCGACCAGACAUAAGAUGGUUUAAGCAUACAGUGACUACUGGUUCUGCUGGUGGCUAUACCAACACAGAGCAACAACUUCCUGGCUCAUCACAUCUCUAUCCGGAAUCCAUUAUGUUUAUACCUCGUCUAACAUUUCGAGAUUCCGGAAAGUAUCAAUGUUCUGCAAACAAUUCAUUUGGCCAAAAUCAUUUUGAACUAACUUUAUUUCUCAAGAGAGACAUCCGAGUUGCCAUUACAAGUAACAAUCCUGAACCCGCAAUUGGUUCCGAUGUGACAUUCAAUUGUAGCCUUAUUAUCACUCCCAGUUAUGAUAAAAACCUGGCUCAAUAUUCAGACAUUAUUCGUGAAGUGAAAUGGCAUAAAAACAUGAGCCAACUUUCAAACGACAAUAGGAUUGCAAUUAAAGACGCUCAUCAAAUGACAAUACACUCGCUCAAUUUUCAUGACAAUGGCAUUUACCAAUGUUUCAUAAAGACUUAUCAAUUUGAAGAAGUGCACCACGAGAAAUGGUACCACUCGAGUAUAACUCUUAAAAUUCCGGAAAAAGCUCCGACAUUUGGCACUGUCUUUCCGGAACAGAUAAAGAUCACUGGAACUCAACUAUCUUUAAAAUGUUCCGCUUUCGGUUCGCCCAUUCCAACAAUAAAAUGGCGAAUUGAUGGUAAACAUGUUGAUAAUGGUUUCGCUCGAAGUAAUGUUUAUGGUUAUUUGACAGCGGAUAGAAAGGGAUUCACAUCAUUUCUUAAUAUAUCAUCUUUAACAGUUCAGGAUGCUGGAACUUAUGAAUGCAUUGCAGAAAAUUCUGUCUCAUCAGUUUCCCAUCUAUCUCGAAUUGAUAUCAUUGGUCCGCCUGGUAUCAAGCCAAUGGACAACAUGACUGCCAUUAUGGGGCAAACAUAUCAGCUUUACUGUCCUUACACUGGAUAUCCUGUAGACGAAGUUUACUUCACAAAAAAUAAUCGACGCUUGCCUUUUGAAGAAAGACAUAUUCACGUUGGUCUGGGUAAGAUCAACAUUUUAUCAGUUUCCAAGGAAGACGCUGGGUUUUACAAGUGUAUAGUUUCCUCACUCAAUGGUGAACGAUAUGAAAGUAAUCUUUAUCUUCAUGUUGUUGCACCACCAAUAUUGAGUCCAUUUUCGUUUCCAACCAGUCUCGAGGAAGGAAUGAGAAUAUCAAUAAUGUGCUCAGUUAUAUCGGGCGAUCCACCGAUAACUAUUGCUUGGCUUAAGAAUGGGCUUCCAUUGGCUGACCGAAGUGAACCCAAUCCGUCAAUUCACAUUGUCUCACUUACUGAAUACGUUUCCUCACUCAUUAUUGAAAAUCUCAACAAGACUGACUCGGGCAACUAUACUUGUUCAGCUUCCAGUUUACACUCUUGGACCAGUUACUCUGCUCAAUUGACUGUCAAAUCAAAGCCUCAUUUUACACUUACUCCAAGUGGUCGUAUUGCCACCACCGAGAUGCCCGUACUGUUCAACUGUCAAGCCGACGGUGUUCCAAGUCCAGUUAUAAGGUGGAAGUUUCAACGUUCUGCCACGCAAACAAGUGAACCUGUUGCAAUACUGAGCAGUCCGCGAGUCCAUGUGCUCGAGAAUGGAUCACUUCACAUACGAACAGUUUCCCUUGAUGAUGAGGGAACCUAUCUGUGUGAAGCUUCCAACGGCUUGGGCAAGUCAAUAUCAGUCUCAGCCUUUCUCAAGGUCCAUGAACCUCCAAAAAUCCGUCCAGUUACUUCCAAGUCGAUAGUGAAGCGCAGCGAGAGAACCGAGUUAAUCUGUCAAGCAUCGGGUUCUCUGCCAAUGGUUAUUGAAUGGUUUAAAGAUGGUUACCCACUGAGUCAGGGUAGUGAUGAGGGCAACUUGCACACUUCAACCAGUUACUCUUCCAAUUAUAACCUGCGUGAAGAAGACGAUGCAAAGUAUAAAGUUUCCAUCUUGACUAUUCAUUCGGCAACCCGUAACGACUCUGCCUUGUACAUUUGUAAUGCAAUCAACUUUUACGGGUCCGCUAAAACGAUUGUCAAAGUAAUUGUCCAAGAACCUUCUGAUCCACCGGAUAACCUGAGAGCAACUCAAAUAAAAAGCAACUCGCUGACAGUUACUUGGACUGUUCAUCAUACUGGAAACUCACCCAUUCUUGGUUUCAUCAUCGAGUACAGAACUGCAUCUGAAACUUGGUCUUCUGGGAAAACUUUGUACAUUAGUGAAAGUUCAGCCAACUCAAUUAUAAUCACAGAUCUUUAUCCAUCAACAUCAUAUUAUCUGAGGAUUUCUGUGGAAAAUGCUAUUGGUCGAAGUGAAUUUAGCCAAGAAUUGUUUUUCAUAACUCGAAUGGAAGCUCCAAAAGUUGUGCCUGAAAACAUUACCGCAGUGCCUUUAGAUUCAAAAUCUGUUCGUAUAAGUUGGAUUAUUCGGGAUUCCCUCGAAACGGGUGAGGGUAAACCUCGAAAGGGAGUAAUUGAAGGCUUUUACAUUGGCUAUAAAAUUGCUUCAACACAAGGAUCAUUUACUUAUAGCACCAUGCACCUGCCUGACCCUAACGAGUCUGUCAACUCUGGCAACUCAGUGACGGAAAGCUUACUCAAUGUGCCAUCUUAUGAAGAGUCAACCAACAGAAUUGGUUACAAUUCAAACUUUAACCAAGCGAAAGAAAUGAAGAAAUAUCAAACUGUCAUUUCUUCCCUGAAAAAGUCGACCAAAUAUGCGAUAAUUGUUCAAGCAUUCAACAAAGAAGGGGAAGGUCCAUAUUCAGACCAAAUUGUUGUGGAAACUUUUGCAAAUGAUCCACCAAAAGCACCCAAAUUGUCCUUUGAAAGUUCAACCAGUGGCAGUGCCUCACUUACUUGGUCACUUGGUUAUGCUGAAGCCGAUUCAAUUCACGGUUUCAUUUUGAGCUUUCGUUGUGACAAGUUUGAAAAGGAAGAAGUUUAUGAUGACAUUAGACUGCCCAAGAUUUAUCGACGUUACCUUUUAUCAAAUUUACUUUGUGGAACCAAAUAUUCGGCUCGAAUGUGUGCCUUUAAUGAAGUCGGUAAAGGUGAGCCAAGCAAUGAAAUUUUCUUCAAAACCGAAGGAACAGCUCCAAUUGCUCCAGAUAAAAAUUCAUUCAUUACGAGUAACAUUACCAUGGUUACUUUAUGGUUAACCAAUUGGUCUGAUGGUAAAUGUCCGAUUGACUAUUUUGAGGUUCAAUACAAACCUCAAUAUCAACCUGAAUGGAUUCUUCAUUCCAAUCGAAUUCUUCCCAAUCUUGAUCGAAUCGAUAUCAGAGAAAUGUUGCCCGGAACCUGGUAUGAUUUACUUGUGACGGCUAAGAAUGAAGCUGGUCCAACCGAAGCCAAAUAUCUGGUUGCCACUCUCGACAUAACUGGAGCCACAGUUGCCCCUUUACUUUACAAUGACUCUAAAUCACUGGUCGAAGGAUUGAUGAUUUUGGUUCCCUCAAUAAGUGCCAUUAUUGUUCUCAUUUUGGUUGCCCUAUUCGCCAUUUACAUAGUCUUUUUGAGACCUCAACGUGAAACAAUUCAAAGUGACCUUUAUGGGACUCACCAGGGUGCUGAUUCAGUUUCCCUUCAUUCAUAUAAUAAGGCAAUCAAAGGUGAACCUGUCUAUGAACACCAGCGAGCCUAUUGUACAUCCCUUUAUUCAACAGGAAACAAUGAGAAUCUUGAGAUUCGAGAUAAUCCAGGUCAAUUAUGUUCAAUGGAGGACGAGUAUCGUUUUGUUAUUGAUAAUCGGAUUCCAAGGAAAGGGGUUUACGAUCACAUUUAUGAUGUACCUCAUCGUCAGCAGAAAAUUUUCACAGCACUUCAUUAAUACCUGUGAAUGUGUCCUUUCCUUAUUGUUGCCUCUCUGGGCAUUUUUUAUCCUGACAAAUGUACAAUCGUUACAAGAUGAAAGCUCAAAUGUAAUUAUAAAAAAAGGAGCGAAAUAGAGAAAAAUAAGUGUCUUUUUCUCACUCUUUUACCCAUAGUUUAUCAACAUGGAAUGCAAAUUUCACAAAAGAUUAACUUUUUCUUUUAUUUAAUUUCAAUGUACAAAAUUGAUUAAACUGUUCAUUCGAAUGCAAAAUUGUAUAUUUUUGGUAACGAAUUAAAAAGAAUGAAACAUUGUCGCUUCUCA